UAUGAAUAUAAGGCAGAAGCGAUGAAAGAAAGUAGAUAAACAAACCGAAAGGAUUUUUUCAUCAGUCAAGUUAGCUGUGCGUCCGGGUGCUGUUCCAAUGAGGUCUUGUUCCAGAUGACCAAACGCAGACAGCUGUAUCUGGUUGUGGUCGCCCUAUUGUCCUUCCUGUUGGUUCUCAUUUACAGUUCCAAUCUGUACUUCAUCAAUUGGCUGGCGGCGGAUCAACGGCCUCCGUUCGUCAAUGAUCUACUCGAUCGACACGCGAAGAGUCCAGUACAACGACUGAUAACCAACGGUAGCGGUUCUCGCGAAAACCAACAACAUAUUCCCAAUGCUAGCCCAAGUUUCAGUCGGUCUGGCAGUGUUCAGGCUGCAGUAGCCAAUAGAGUGUCGAAAUUGAAACCUGUGUUUAAGAAUAAAAAUCCUCGUUAUUACCCGGUGAAGAGAGGACUAUUGAGGUCCUUUGGAGCAAAAACCUUCAACAUUUCGACUGUGUGGAAAUUUGCGAGUUCCUUCCCGAAAGAGAACGAAGUAUAUCCUCUGAAAGAUGAUAGAAUCGGGAAAAUAAUUAAGGCUCUUCAGGAGGCGGAAAUCAUCCGAGCAAGGAAUACUCCUCGGGGUACACAACUUAAAUUACUGUUAGAUUUGGCUGGCAAGCAAACAGUUCUUUUCAAACCAAGCUGGUACAGCAGAAACACCACCAUCGAGGGAGAGGUAUAUUCGGGAAAAGAUCGACACAACUCGGAAAUCGUUGCUUUCCAUCUUGCAGCAGUGUUGAAUCUUCGCUGGACACCAAUUGUCGUCGGUCGACGAAUUUCACUGGAAGACAUUCAUCGUACAGCUGACGAGGAACUACGACAAACGAUGAUCAAAAACGGAACACGACAAUGCGUCUACGGUAAGUGUCAUUACUGUAAGGAAAGCGAGGCUGUAUGUGACGAUACAUUGACCGGAACGCUGGAAGGUGCCGUUUUGUUGGUUAUUCCCGGGAAAUUUGCAAAGUAUCGCUCACCCUGGCAAAGGACGUACCAAGAUGGAGUUACUGCCGAGUGGGAGAAAACGGAUGGUUACUGUACUAUAGUUAAGGACAAACUGCCCUUAAUUCGGCUGCUCGAUCUCAUCGAUGUGGCAAUUUUCGACUUUCUUAUACAAAAUGGUGAUCGACAUCACUAUGAGACGCGAGACGAUCGGGUGCUAUUAAUUGAUAACGGAAAGGGCCUAGGAAAUCCAUAUAAGGAUCAUUUUGACAUACUCGCUCCGCUGUACCAAUGUUGCAUGAUCCGGAAAACCACUUGGGAACGACUGCAGAUUUUCUCUGGUGGAGCACUGACCGAAACGUUGAAAGAAUUGAAUGAGAUUGAUUUGUUGUACCCACUGUUGACCAAAGAACACUAUUCUGCGAUCGAAAGACGCUUGCUACUUGUAUAUACCACUGUUGAGUUAUGUAGAGAGAAAUAUGGUAACAAAAUUUUUAAAUGAUGUCCGUUGACUUCUUUCCUAAAUAAAUCGAA